UUUUGUCGAGACGAGCACCUCAGUCACAGUGUGGCGGCCAUGGCUAGCGAAAACUGCCUGUGACCGACUUCGAUACUCGGCAGCAGUAUCAAAUUCUUUAGGAAUAGGUGGCUCAUCUAAUUAUCUGCCUGUCUGGACGUCAUAACACACAAUGGCGACCAGCCAGAAGCCCUCCGAGGGGAACCGGGCGCUCCGCAUGAUGGGCCUUCCCACGCUGCCCAAGAGGCUCCCCUCCCGGAACUGGCUCAUCUUCUGGGCCGUGGCCACCACGACGAGCGCCGCCAUCAUCUACGACCGCCGCGAGAAGCGCCGCGCCACGGCCCGCUGGGCCCGCGCCGUCUCCCACAUCGCAAAGGAGCCCCUCGCGAGGCCCACCGACAUGCCGCGCCGCCUGACCAUCUACCUCGAGUCCCCGCCCGGCGACGGCUUCCGCGUCGCCCAGGACCACUUCCUCGAGUACGUCAAGCCCAUCAUCGCCGCCAGCGGUCUCGACUGGGACUUUGUCCAGGGCCGGCAGCAGGGCGAUGUCCGCGCCGUCGUCGCCGAGCGCGUCCGCCGCGCCAGGAGGGCCGUCGAGGUCGACCUCGGCGGCGGCGGCGGCGGCGGCUCCGCCCCUCCUCCCGAGCCCGAGGUGCCCACAGUCGAGGACCUGAUCGAGGCGAACCGCAGGCGCAACAACGUCCGCGAGUUCGACGGGCCGAGGGGCGACAUCGUCAUCGGCAGGCACACCUGGAAGGAGUACAUCCGCGGCCUGCACGAGGGGUGGUUGGGCCCCCUGACCCCGCCGCCGGAACCGCCAAAGAUCGAAAAGGUCGAGGCGGCCGACGAAGAGGGCGGCGAGGCUAGCGAGAAGAAAGAGGAGGAGAAGAAGCCAUCCCGCCCAGCCCAGCUCCGACCACACAACACGCCCGAGCAGUACCCAGCGUCGCCCCUCCCAAUGCUCAUCCCGGGCGAGCUGACCCCCGCGGCGCCCAUACGAUUCCCCCACUUGUUGGGCUUCCUCAAUACGCCGAUACGCCUGCGUCGCUACUUCGGCCGCCGGUACCUGGCCGACGAGAUCGGCCGCGAGGUGGCCGCGGUCUGCCUGCUCACAUACCGCGACUUUUCCGACGACGAGCUCCGCGACGCACUGGCGUUCGAGGAGCGCGACUGGGUCAAGAAGGUCUGGAAGGAAAACGAAAAGAAGGAGGAGGACAGCGCUUCGCCCGAGCCGCCGCGCGAGCGCAUCUGGCCAUCAGAGGUCGUCCUGGAUACGCGCAUCUCCAGCCGCAUGAGGAGGUUCGAGCUACGCCCUGACGACGAGGCCAGGGCCCGACAGAUCGUCGUGCCCGAGGAGGAGAUCGAGGGCUGGACCAAGGGCCAUCUCCGGCAGCUGUGGCGCUGGACGGCACGGACGUUUGGAGGUUCGCGGUCCAAGGGGCCCAAUGUCGGCAACAUGGACGACGAAUGAGACAUGAACAAGAAAAGAAAAGUGAAAAGAAAAGACGUGAAAGCCACUCCCCGCUCAACAUGCUUGUGGGGGUCAUAAUGGGCUCGACAGAGGGCGGCAUCUGUACUAUACUCGCUUCUCACAGGGGGCGGGAACCUUGUAUACCAAAACUGGGGAUAUGGGGGGGAGUCCUGGAGGCCUUGUUCAAGGUCAUAGUUUCAAAUCUUGUUUGUAUGACAGACUACGAUAGACGGCGUUGUUAGAUACUCUCCCAAGCGUAUAAAAAAAACAUGUAUGAGGGCCACACCUACCUAAUCCGAAUCAUCAUCAGACCCGUAGUCUACCAGCCCGAGGC